AUGUGGGUAUACCAUCUCUUCCCGCAGUCCAAAAACGCACAUCUCAUUGGAGAUCUGGAAUAUCGCUUUUCGCUUGAAGCAAUGGCGAUAAUGGAUAUUCCCACUUUUGUCCGUGGGCGCGAUACACCAACCCUUGGAAUCUGGGGUUUUCUACGCUCAGCCCAAAAAGCGUCGCCGAGUGGACUAGUCGGCGGUGUCGAAAGUGUCUCGGGCUUACCGCGAAGUCUUCUCGAUAUUUUCGGGAGGAUGGCACAUGAUGAUGUGGAGAAGGACUUUGCAGAUUGGGAAGGGCACGAGGGGCCUAUUCCGCACGUUCAUCUCUGGGAGGCUUUUCGGAUAUCGGGAAUCUUAAUGACUCGACGCCAAAAGGGCACACAAACUGGCUCACAAUCCAACGAAAUGCUAGUAUGUCGUUUAGUAGCUACCCUCGACGCACUAUACGAAACUCGCAAACGCGAAGAAUACGCUCACAUCCUCGCUACAAACAGCAUGCUAUAUCCCUACACCGCAGCGCGUCUCGAAGUAACCAUCCUCCAAACACGACCAUCCUGGGUACGCACACUGCGUCGGUGCGGAAGUAUCUGCGAUGCAUACCGCGACACGCCGAAUGCGCUAAUCUUAGAGGAGAUACUAGAUAGAGCGCUGGAAAGGGGCGAUAAUGAAGUUGAUCUUGAUAGAGAGACGAAAGCGCGAGGUGUAGAGUUGAGUUUGUUCUAG